AUGCUAAGUUUGAAGGGAAAGGUUGCCCUAGUCAUUGGACUGGGGCAGACAGGAACUGAAGGAUGGGGCAUUGGAGCAGCAUGCGCAGUGUUAUUUGCCCGACAAGGAGCUGUCAUCUUUGGUGGUAACAGAACCAUCGCUUCAACCUUGAAGACCAGAGAAGCCAUUGAGGCUGAAGGUGGCCAAUGCGAGAUUGUCGCGACCGAUGCCACCAACUCGGAGUCUGUGAAAGCCCUCGUGGAUGCCUGCAUGGCUAAGCAUGGCCGGAUCGAUAUCCUCUUGACCAACGUGGGUCAGUCUCAACCGGGAGACCCUGCAACCAUGUCCGAGGAGGUCUGGGACUCGCAGAUGGACAUCAACCUGAAGAGCGUCUAUUUGGCCUGUCACCACGUCCUUCCAAUCAUGGAAAAGCAGGCCACUGGAGGCUCCAUUGUGUGUGUAUCCAGCAUCGCGGGCAUGAGAUACAUCGGAAAGCCACAGAUUGCAUACAACACUACCAAGGCCGCCAUCAUGCAAUUUGUCAAGGCCACCGCCGUCAGUUACGCCAAAAAGGGCGUGAGACUCAACACAGUCGUGCCAGGGCUGAUGGACACCCCUUACACCAAGAGUUUGGCAGAUCGGUUCCCGUUACUGGGUGGUUAUGAGCAGUUUUGCGAGACGAGAAAUAACCAAGUGCCAAUGGGCAAGAUGGGUGAUGCAUGGGAUGUUGCAAAUUCGGCCUUGUUCCUAGUUUCCGAUGAGGCAAGGUACAUUACUGGUCAAAAGAUUGUGGUAGAUGGGGGUAUUACUUCGUCGACUGGGAGGACUUUGUAG